UCGAGGCAGCAACAAGCAAUGGAAAACCCGUAGCGAGCGGGUUUUGCCUGCGAAGUAGGAUGGUGGGGGAGGAGCCAAAGCAGGCGGCCGCGUAUAAAAGGAAGAUCACAGCUCUCCCAGUCACACAAACAUCCUUCGCUUACAACAUGAAGGGUCUCGGGCUUAUUCUGUGCUGUGUCCUGGCGGUGGCGUCAGUCGACGGCCAGAGAAAACAGGGAGGUCAGAGAUUCUUUCAAGGAGGUGGCGGAGGUUUUCACGGCGGAGGCUUUCCUGGCGGUUUCCCCGGAGGGCAACCUGGCGGUUUCCCUGGUGGUUUCCCCGGAGGGCAACCUGGCGGUUUCCCUGGCGGUUUCCCCGGAGGGCAACCUGGCGGUUUCCCCGGAGGGUUCCCUGGCGGUUUCCCUAGCGCCACAGCCCCACCCGCCACCUGUAGGCGCUGGUGCCGAACUCCAGAACAGCAAGUUUACUGCUGUGAAACGGCAUUUGAACCUGAGGCGCCUGUCGGCACCAAGCCACUUAACUGCCCACAAGUCCGUCCCAGCUGUCCACCGGUACGUUUCGGUGCACAAGCACCAGUAACCUGCUCCAGCGACUACAAGUGCGGCGGUGUUGACAAGUGCUGCUUCGACAGGUGUCUGGGAGAACACGUGUGCAAGCCGCCUUCCUUCUAUAACCAAUUCGGUUGAAAAAGAAAAUUCAACAUACUUAUUGAUUCAUGUAGUGCCCAUGAUUAAUAAAUGUUAUUUUUUUUUCUAAAAUCUUGAUUUCAUUUAAUGAAUGUCCACACUCACUCAU